AUGCCACCGAAGAGACCAAAAAGUGCAGCAAGCAGUGCUGGCAGUAAAGGGAAAGUGAAAGGUAAGGGCAAGAAGAUUCGAUCACCUACUCCUGUAGAAAAGCCUGAUCACCCUGAGGAUAUCUUCCCCAUGGUCCUGACAUCGGCAACCCAGGAGCUCUUUGGUUGCCGUGCUGAUGAGGACGUCACAGAGGAGAGCCCUUACAAGCUGCUGAAAAAAGACGACAUCGUACAGGACAUUAAGACAAGAGCCGCAGUGUCCGAUUUCAGCCCUGUGAAACAGAUUGUGCUGGACUACCCAGAGGAUGAAAUCUUGUUGGUUUUUGACAGAGACUUCACUUAUGGCCAGAGUUUCUACCUCAUUCUGACACCAGAAGCUAAGGACAGAAUCCUCAGGCCCCCAGAGCCUGAGACACCAGCAGUGUUUGAGAGUGAAGUCAAUAAAACCCCAGAACCAAAGCAAUGGAUAUCUCUUGGCAGUGAGCUGGAAAUAGAUGAAGAAUUUGUCAGAGAGACCAGAGAAAAGCUGAAGUACAGGUUUUCUAGGGUGCGGAGGAAGUUUGGGGUACCAGUCUGUUUUUCUGACCGCAGCGCUGCAGAUGCUAAGGAUGGCUACCUGGAGUGUGCUUCCUAUCAAGACAGCAGAUUCAGCAUCAAGCAGAUGCAGAGGGACUGUGGGAUGCAGGCUGUACCCAGACUGCAGAGCAGCAGUGCUCAGACACAGUGGAAAUUUCAGAGGAAUAUCUGCACCCAGUACAAGCCAAGAGAGUUAAGUGGAGAAGAAAUUGAAAGCAUCCUCGAGUCUGAGAGUCUAAAGAACUUUUGCAACUCAGUAACCCCCAGAGUCUUGCUAGCCCUUCAGCAGGAACAGAUUAUGAAUGUGUUUCUUGAUGACUGGAAGGCUCUGGGAACAGGGGCUGAGGCCGAUGACUGGUCUGGGAAGGUUUCUGAAGGUUUGAUGCUUUAUCAGGUCUUCACAGACCAGAAGUACACUAAGGACAAGAAAAUCAGCAGUAUUAACUGGCACCCAACUAUCAAUGGUGUGAUAGCUGUGGCUUUGACAGAAAAAAUGGAGGAGCCGUUGAACGAGUCGACUACAUUUGAUGUCAGACCUUCUUACAUUGUCUUCUAUUGCUUCUUUGAUCCCUCUAAUCCCCAGUUACUGCUGGAGUGCCCAGAUGACAUUUUUGCCUUUGAGUUCUGCCCCUCUGAUCCAAAUAUUAUCGUUGGCGGCUGCAUGAAUGGCCAGGUUGUGUUAUGGGACAUUUCUGCUUACGUCAUGCACUUGCAGGGAACUCAGUCAAGUGGUAAAAAGGUCUCUGUCAACACUAACACAUUCGACCUCGAUGACAAGAACGAGAAUAAGACUGCUGUCGUGCGCUACUGUGCAGUGUCUGCCUUAGAGAACAGCCACAAAGCACGAAUUACUGAAGUCCAGUGGCUGCCACCAACAUUUGAGGUGACCAGAUCAGGCGUACCGGUGGAGAACAAGUAUAACACUUCUGUUCAGGUUGUUACCUGCUCUCCGGACUGCGCAAUAAUGUUCUGGGAUGUGCGAGUGCCAAAACUGUUGGGCCAGUCAGUGUCAGACAGGAACCAGAGUGUGGAUCGGAAGGCCCAGAUGACACCCUACAGUGUCCCCGACACUUUCAAACACCUGGACCGCACAUGGAAACCACUGCUCAGGGUUUCACUGCCAAAGAUUGAUACCAGUGGAGAAUACGCUCCUUUGAAGUUCAGCUUUGAACACUACACUGGUAAUGGUAAUACAGAUAAGAACAAAGGAGAAACUGAUGAUGGCACAGAGGUCAUCCCAGACUACAGCCAGCUCAGAGUGCCCUCAGCCAAAACACUCAGAAAUAUGGAAGAUGUCAGCACCAAGCUCUAUAUUGGAACAGAGGAUGGGGAGAUUGUUUACACUGACUGGAAACUAGGGAAGGAUGACUUUGGGCGGCUGCACAGUGCCAAGCCCCUCCACUGUUUCAGCAUCCAUCACUGGCUGGUUAAUACGGUACAGCGAUCGCCCUUCUUCAAAGACAUUAUUUUGACGACGGGAGGCUGGAACUUCGCCAUCUGGAAGGAGGGAGUCAUGGAAGGCCCCAUCAUCCUGUCACCAAGCUCUGAGCAGGUGUGCACUGUGGGAUGCUGGUCCCUGUCCCGACCAGCUGUUUUCUUCAUCGGGAAAGACGAUGGCAGUAUUGAUGUGUGGAACCUGCUGGAAAAGACCAGUGAGCCUACAGAGGUCCACGCACACAUCACUAACACCAAGAUUACCUGCAUCAAACCCUGGACCGCCUCCCCCAAGCAACACUUCCUAGCUGUGACUGACGACCUUGGAGUGGUUCGAGUUUUCGAAAUCCCAAAGACACUCUACAUUCCUUCCAGGACUGAGAGUUUGAGCAUGAAGAAGUACUAUGAACUGGAGAAUAACAGGUUAAUGGAUCAUUUGAAGAGGGAGGAACUGUGGAUGAAAGAGAAAAAGGAGGCUGAAGAACUUAGGAAGAAAAUGGAGGCCGACAAGCCAGUCAAAUCCCUGAAGGACAAUGUAGACGUGAACAUGAAGGAGUACAGUGAUUACCUGACACUGGAGGAGAGCAUCCUGAAAGGCAUCGGCCUGUGGCCAACCACUGCAAACCCACAAGAUACUUAAUGUCACACACACACACACACACACACACACAC